CAAAUAUAUAGACAUGGAUACAAUGUCCAAUGUGCAACAAGCAGAUCGAAUGACGGCCGAACUGCACCACCUGAUUGAGAAUACCGAAACAAGCGCCCUUGAAUUUCGGUCCUUUUUCGUCGCUUGGGAUGGUGUGCUCGUAGCUGCAUACAACGCUUUUACCCCAGCGUUGCAAUUAUUGAAGGACAGUAUCAAUGCAAAUAACGAAAUAGUUUUACAAGCUGAGAAUCACGGCAGCCGCUGGCCCAAGACAACUUUAGGUGCUAUCAAGGACGAUCACCCUCCCCUGAGCCUCAGUGAACUCAAAAUGCUGCGCGAGAUUUGCAUCACGCAGAGCGCUGCAAUGGACCACAGGCCUGUACAAGUUGACUCACUCGAUUUGGUAGAUUUCGAAUCGCGGAACUUGGAGAAGGUCGUAAACAAAGUGCAUUUCGAUUUGAGCACAGUAAAUGUCUCGGCAUCAACUGAAGUAUCGGAUGCAAGCAAAGCAGUGGUUGAACAAGUCCUGAGUGAGUUCUUUGGUUCCACCGAUGAGGAAUACCUUCCAUGUGUGAAGGCAAAUAGGAAUCGAUACAGUAGUUAUAGUCAGAGACAGAACGGGUCGACCCUAGUGCAUCUUUUGAAUAUGGAAUUUGCCGCACAGAUGAGAGCGUUCAAAUCUGCAAUCGACUUGGCCUUCCCAGGAAAAUACUGCUGGUUUGCAGAAGAUUCCUUGCACAUUACUGUGCGAGGGUUGGACCCGCCAAUUUAA